AUGUCUCAAGCCAAGAGGACCUUCCCUGCCCUUGGGGAGAGGAACUAUGGCUCCUGGGCUGAUGAUAUGGAGGCCUACCUCAAGACUCUUGACCUCUGGGAUGUCACUAGCGACCCUACAGCCGCUCCUGAGCUCUACUCGGAGACUACACCCACCAUCGAAGACAAGAGGGAGCAGAGGAAGUGGGAGGCGCGAAAGGGGAGAGCUGCUGGAGAGAUAUGGUUGGCUUUGGAGGAUGGGCAGAAGUUGAAGGAGGUCCAUGUUCAGCAGAAGCCUGGUGCGCAUUUCAACGCUUAUGAUGUUCUCCUGGGCUUGAGGAAGGAUGAGGGCGAGUCCCUGGUCUCUCUGAUGGCUAGAGCGGACAAGGCCAUGCAGGAUAUCCGCUCCCUUCGCCCUAAGGACUUCACCAUUGAGCAGCUGGACGAGGAACUCGCUUCUAUGUCUCUCAUUCGCUCCCUCCCUGCUGAGUACAACAACUUCGUCUCCUCCCUGCUCCUGCUCGACUCUCUUAGCCUCUCGAAGCUCCAGAGCGCUUUCCAGAACGAGGAGACUCAGCGUACAACCCGAGGCUUCUCCUCUACCCCCUCUCUCGCUCUCAAGGCCUCUGGCAGUCCCUCCUUCGCUCAUGACGUCCGCUGCUCGUUCUGCGACGCUGUGGGACACUCUGAGGCCUCUUGCUUCGCCAAGGAGAAGGCUACGAAGGCUGCGAAGGCCAAGACUGCUGAGCGUCGCCAGGAGCG